ACCGAGAGUGUAUUUAUGCGUUUUGAAUUAAAAUAAACCAGCAGAAAAGAAAGUAUAAUAAAUAUUCUCUACGUGGAGCUCCGGUGAUGGUGCUAAUGGAGCAGGACUGUCGCUUAUGUGAUUAAAGAGCGGGCCAGCGGAGACUUGCAGAAAGCUUAAAGUCGCGGAGUUGGUCAUUCACUGUCUGCUUCUGCUUUCGCAGGUUAUGAACGAAGACCUGAUGCUGCGUCUGUUAUAGCCUACGCCGCCCUGGCGUGUUGAGGAAGCGAUAACCUACAGACCCCCCACACAUCUUCCACACCCCCACCCACUGGUCGAACGCAAGCGUGGGAACUACUCGGUGACCAACCUGUCACAUCGCAUCUUUAUUUGCCUUUAUUGGAAGCCGGCGUUAAGGAGAGUGGAAAGUCGCUGUUUGCGGGCACUUGCAAAGGGAGGGGUAGGAGGUAAACGGGGAGUCCCGCCUCUGGUGUUCAGUGGGAAAACAAAAGAGCGCCCAUCUCUAUCGCACGUACCGGAUGGACUGAGGAGAACUGCCAGGAGAACUAGCGAAAGCCUCGGUGCAGGAUUGAUGCAGGUUCUGCUGCCCGGCUCCUUCAACCGUCAGAUCCACCGCUGAUAGUAGCCGCGCAGCGUCAUUCCUCUGCGAUCAGGCCACCAAACAGCGCAGGCGAUAUGGGAGUCCUCAUUUGCAGUAUGGUGGUGCUCGCUCUCAUCUGCCAAAGCCAUAGCCUGGGCGUGAAAAACCCACUGCACAGAUUUAAAAGGUAUCAGGAAAGUAUCUACUCCGAUCCGAAUGAGUGCUCCAAAACACGACCGGCGCUGGUCCUGACCAAUCCAAACAAUUUCUCCCUGGAUAUACGAAUGCCGGGUGUUAUUCCAACUGAGUCGGAGUCGUACCUGUGCGUGGCCGUCCCAGUGCCGACGGGGAGGGAGUCGUACAUAGUGGACUUCAUGCCCCAUGCCACCAUGGACACAGCCCACCAUAUGCUCCUCUACGGCUGCAGGACGCCCUACUCCACCACCGGCUUCUGGGACUGUGGAGGCAGUCACGGAACGUGUGACGACGCGGCAAAGAUCAUCUACGCUUGGGCGAAAAACGCCCCGCCCACAAAGUUACCCAAAGAUGUCGGCUUCAAAGUCGGAGGUGACUCGAGAAUUACGUACUUUGUGCUGCAAAUUCACUAUGGGGACAUCACUGCUUUCAGAGACCACCAUCGAGACUGCUCAGGACUCACCUUAAGGAUGACUUCCAAACCGCAACCGUUCAUCGCCGGCAUGUAUCUGAUGAUGUCAGUGGACACUGUCAUUCCACCCGGGAAGAAAGUUACGAAUGCUGACAUCGCCUGCUCCUACCAGUCAUACCCCAUGUAUGCAUUUGCAUUCCGGACUCAUACACACAGUCUCGGUCAAGUCGUCAGCGGGUAUAGGGUUCGAGACGACAGAUGGACUCUGAUUGGACGACAGUCUCCUCAGUUGCCGCAGGCAUUUUACCCAGCAAGCAGUCCAGUCGAAGUGAGAUACGGAGACAAACUUGCCGCCAGAUGCGUUUUCUCUGGGGAGGGAAAGACCUCAACAACAUACAUCGGGGGCACCUCGGAGGACGAGAUGUGCAACUUCUACAUCAUGUACUACAUGGACAGCCGGCACGCCGUGCCCUACGCGAACUGCAUGGAGAACGGCCGGAGCGAUCUGUUCAGAGGCAUCCCCAAAGAGGCCAACAUGCCCAUCCCCCUCACCCCCGACAUGGUGGCUAUGAUGCACGGCCACUCUCAUCACAUGGGCGCCAAGAGCCAUCCCCAAGAAGAUUCCGUGUUACUGCAGCCCAAGAGGGAAGAGGAGGAGGUUCUGGACAAAGGUAAAUUCUAUUCCCUGCUCUCCAAACUGCUAGGGGAGCAAGAGGACGUUGUCCACGUGCAUAAGUAUGACCCCACAGAGGGAGCCCAAGGCCAGUCGGAUCUGGUGGCAGAAAUCGAUAGCAUUAUCCAAAAGAAGGACCUCGGUGGGCGGCCGGCCUCCGGUCCGGGUUCGAGGGUAGACUACGGCGAGCGCCGGGACGCGGUUCUCAUGAGGGACAGAGUUCAUAAGUUUCACCAGUUAGAGUCCACGGCGAGGCCGGCCGCGGGCGGGAGGGAGCCGGAGGCCGGAACUAGCGCCGCGCGGGCUAGCGCACGCAAACCAGGGUUCCACCUGGAGGAGAUGGUGGACUGGCCAGAGGUGCAGCUCUCGCUGGGCCAGGUGUCUGGCCUGGCCCUGGACUCUGAAGACAACCUGGUGAUCUUCCACCGGGGGGACCACCGCUGGGGGGCCGGCUCCUUUGACCCCCAGUUUAUGUACCAGCAGAAGUCCCUGGGCCCUAUUCAGCAGUCCACCAUCCUGCUGGUGGAUCCCACCAACGGGAACGUCCUCAAAGCGUCAGGCAGAAACAUGUUCUACCUGCCGCACGGAAUAACCACAGACGAGAAGAACAACUACUGGGUGACUGAUGUAGCUCUGCACCAGGUGUUUAAACUGGGAAGUGACGGCGGUGACAAGCCUCUGGUGGUCCUGGGACGAGCUUUUCAGCCGGGAAGUGACACGAGCCACUUCUGCCAGCCCACCGACGUGGCUGUGGACCCACUCACUGGGAACAUCUACGUGUCUGACGGCUACUGCAACUCCCGCAUCCUUAAGUUCUCCCCUGACGGGAAGUACCUGGCACACUGGGGAGCAGGCUCGUCGGACCGACGGAAGCGGAUCCCGUUCCUGGUCCCGCACAGCCUGGCUUUCCUGCCGGACCGCCGCGAGGUCUGCGUGGCGGACCGGGAGAACGGCCGGAUCCAGUGCUUCCUGGCAGAAACCGGAGAGUUCGUCAAGGAGAUAAAGAAAGAGGAGUUUGGAGACACGGUCUUCGCUGUCGCCUACGCCCCCGACCACGGCGGUUUGAUUUAUGCGGUGAAUGGAGCACCGCCCAGUGGCCAGCCGGCUCCAAAAGGGUUCAUCGUAAAUUAUUCAACCAAGGAGAUCCUGGACUCCUUCAGCCCUGACACACAGGAGUUUAAAAUGCCUCACGACAUCGUUGUCACCAGAGACGGGAGCGUGUUCGUGGGAGACGCGGCCGCAGACUCGGUCAUUAAAUUUGUCUCUUCUGAAAAAGCUGAACAUCGCUCCGUUAAAAAAGGUGGAAUAGAAGUUCAGGAGAUUGAAGAGACAGAGACGUUCCUCCAGGCGCAGUUGAAGCCGGUCCUCAAAGCGUCCUUCCCCAAAGCAUCCGUCGCCAACGCGCCCGUCGCCCACUCCCACCCCCACCCCCAGGCGGCGGCCCCCCACAAGAGCCCCGCGCCCACGGCCAAUCAGCAGCAGGGGAAGGCCCCCCAGAAGCCUGAGGACGGGGCGAGGCAGGCGCCCGAGGGAGUGUCCCCCGCCCUGGUGACCACCCUCCUGCUCAUCCCCCUGGUGGUGGUCAUCGCCAUCGGAGUCUUCAUCCGCUGGCGCAAGGCCCGGGUUUACGGAGAUGAUUGUGAGGUGAAACUGGAGCCUGGCUCUUCUGGAGGAAUUCUGGGAAAACUCAGAGGUAAGGCUGGGGGAGGGCUGAACCUGGGGAACUUCUUCGCGAGCCACAAAGGCUACACCCGGAAAGGGUUCGACCGGCUCAGCACGGAGGGCAGCGACCAGGAGAAGGACGAGGAGGCCAGCGACUCCGAGAACGAGGAGUACUCCGCCCCGCCUCCCCCCGCCGCCUCCUCCUCCUCCUAGGCCCGCCUCCCCCGCUCACAUGUUCAGGAUGUACUUUAAUCGUGUACGUAUUUGUUUGUAUUGGCUGCCAAUAUUUUAUUUAUUUGUGCAAAAUUUCUCAAUACGACUGCCACUUUAUUUCUACCGUUAACGGGGACCAGAUGUAAAAAAUAAUAAUAAAAAAAUAAAUAAAUAAAUAAAUAAAUAUUUAAACACGAGUAGGUCAAAAGCUGAAGCUCCAGGUUCUGAUUUCAGGAGGAGAGAGGGAGGGGGAGAGGUUAAGAGGCGUAGAAAAGAUGGGGGUGGGGGUGGGGAGGAUCCUUUAUUUUUGUUACAAUUAAAUUGUUUAACUUCAAAUAACUUUUCUGCCAAACAGCAUUUCUCAGUUUCCCAGGUUAUUGGUCCAGUACUUUGGUUGACGUUUUAUAUCUGUACAUUUGUGCCUUUUUAAUUAUGUAUGGAGCCUUCUGCAGCACCUGCUAACACAGAUGUGCCACAUUAUGAGCUGCUAAUGUCCACUGUUCUUUCAUUUCAAUAUUACUGCAUUCAUUGAAAGGAAAAGAGAAAUUAUUAUUAUUAUGAUUAUUAUUAUUAUGUAUCUAAGACUAUUUACUAAAUUUUUCAACUGGAUGUGAGAUAUAUCUGAUAUUUAAUUGUGACAUACUGAGGUUUUAUGGCCAGAAUACUAUUUUCUGUAACAAUGUUAUUUGUGUAAUAAAGUGUCUGCAAAGCAAA